AUGGCCGAAACCACCAAGCUCCAGCUGUUUGUGAAGGCCAGUGAAGAUGGUGAGAGUGUGGGCCACUGCCCUUCCUGUCAGCGGCUCUUCAUGGUCCUACUCCUCAAGGGUGUGCCCUUCACACUCACCACAGUGGACACACGAAGGGCGUUGGAUGUGCUGAAGGACUUCGCACCAGGCUCACAGAUGCCCAUCCUGCUCUAUGAUGGGGAUGUGAAGACAGACACACUGCAGAUUGAAGAGUUUCUGGAGGCAACACUGAGGCCACCUGACUUCCCUAGCCUAGCGCCUAGGUACAGGGAAUCCAUCACAGCAGGAAAUGAUAUCUUCCACAAGUUCUCUGCCUUCAUCAAGAACCCAGUGCCUACACAGGACAAUGCCCUGUAUCAGCAGUUGCUCCGGGCCCUGACCAGGCUGGACAGCUACCUGCGUGCACCACUAGACCACGAACUGGCGCAGGAGCCACAACUUCGAGAGUCCCGACGCCGCUUCCUAGAUGGUGACCAGUUUACCUUGGCUGACUGCAGCCUGCUGCCCAAGCUGCACAUUGUGGAUACCGUGUGUGCGCACUUCCGCCAGAUGCCCAUCCCUGAGGAACUGUGUGGUGUCCGCCGCUACCUGGACAGUGCACUGCAGGAGAAGGAGUUCAAGUAUACAUGUCCACACAGUGCAGAGAUCCUGGCAGCUUACCAGCCUGCUGUGCACCCCCGUUAGCACCCCUAACUCCAUACACUCAUCU